UCGGCUGCAGAGGGAGGGAGCAGCGGGCGACAUCUUGGAUUCAUGAGUGAGCGGUGACCGCAGCCUGGAACAUCAAAUCCGGUCAAUAACACCGAGCUUCGGUCAGAACCGAGCACAUCUGUGUCCGCUGAGCCGGUUUCCGACGGGACGGACAUCCAGAGACACACACGGAGAGUUUUCCAGCAUGGCCUGUGAACACUGAGAUUAACCGCCAAUAUGAUUGGAGGACUCUUCAUCUACAACCACAAGGGUGAGGUGCUGAUCUCCCGUGUUUACCGCGAUGACAUUGGGAGGAAUGCAGUGGACGCGUUUCGUGUGAACGUGAUCCAUGCGCGGCAGCAGGUUCGCUCGCCCGUCACCAACAUCGCCCGCACCAGCUUCUUCCACGUCAAGCGCUCCAACAUCUGGCUGGCUGCCGUCACAAAGCAGAAUGUCAACGCUGCCAUGGUCUUCGAGUUCCUCUACAAGAUGUGUGACGUCAUGACCGCUUAUUUCGGCAAGAUCAGCGAGGAGAACAUCAAGAACAACUUUGUGUUGAUCUACGAGCUUCUAGAUGAGAUCCUGGAUUUUGGGUACCCACAAAACUCUGAGACUGGAGCCUUGAAGACCUUUAUUACGCAACAGGGUAUUAAGAGCCAGGUUCGUCUCUGCUUUACACAACCAAAAUCUUUACAUGUCAACAUACGUCCCUAUUUUUGGCUGUGUUGUUUUCUCUCACACGCUGCACUCUUUCAUUUUUCUCAGACAAAAGAGGAGCAGUCUCAGAUUACCAGUCAGGUCACAGGGCAGAUCGGCUGGAGGCGCGAGGGCAUCAAAUACCGCCGCAACGAGCUCUUCCUGGAUGUACUGGAAAGUGUGAACUUGCUAAUGUCACCGCAGGGUCAGGUGUUGAGUGCACAUGUGUCGGGCCGCGUGGUCAUGAAGAGUUACCUGAGUGGGAUGCCAGAGUGCAAGUUUGGCAUGAACGACAAGAUUGUCAUUGACAAGCAGGGCAAAGGUGGCACUACUGAUGAUACCGGCAAGAGUGAUGGGAAACAGUCCAUUGCGAUCGAUGACUGCACGUUCAACCAGUGUGUCCGUCUCAGCAAGUUUGACUCGGAGCGGAGUAUUAGCUUUAUUCCCCCUGACGGAGAGUAUGAGCUCAUGAGGUCAGUACCGCACACUAAAGACAUCAUCCUUCCCUUCCGCGUCAUCCCACUGGUCCGUGGGGGCCGCACCAAGCUGGAGGUCAAGGUGGUGAUCAAGUCCAACUUCAAACCCUCCCUGUUAGCAAGAAGAUAG